AUGGCGCUGGGACCACUCUGUUCGUUGCUUUUCCUGGGGGUGGCCCUCUUGCUCCUGCAUAGAGCAAGAGAAUGGGCUCACGUACAAGAGCAGAAGGAAUGCCAGGAACUGGUUUGGUUGCUUGAAUCUAAGAACCUCUUCUUCGGAAACUUCCAGUACCGCAAGACGUCCAGGGAUGAGAAGAGGACCCGUGCCGUCAAGAAGUGGAAUACCUGGAUCGAGGACAGGAAGAUCCUGGAGCACAUGCUGCUCACGGAGGAAUGCCCUUGGGACCCGGAUGCGGCAGCUGUGGCCCAGUACAGGGUAGAACUGGAGCAAUGUUGCAACGCUUCCUCCUUGCUCAUCCUGACCAAGGAAAACACCCCUCUGGGAUCAAACAUCGUCUUUGGGAAGGAUGGACGAAAAGUGGCCGUGACACCUGAGCUGGUGGACCUGCUCCCUGAGAGAUCCACCUUCUCGGAAGUUGAGUACAAGCAUUGCGCCGUGGUGGGCAAUGGUGGGAUCCUGCAGAGGAGCCGCUGCGGGAAAGAGAUCGACCAGGCAGACUUCGUAAUCAGGUUCAGUUUGCCUCCCCCCACGAAUUCCUCGGAAGAUGUGGGGUCCAAGACGAGUCUCGUGGCCUUGAACCUCAGCAGCCUGGACAUUAAGUCCCGGGGCUCCCAGCGGAAGCGUCUUGCAGAUACCCUGCGCCCCUACCGGGACGCCCUCCUCCUCCUCCUCCUCGCCCCCUCCGUCACCCCCACCCUCCAAAGCCGCCCCAGGAACCCCCCUCUGCACCCACUGGAGGACUCGGACGUGCUGCAGCGGGCCUCCUUCUUGAACCCCCAGUACCUGGCUGCCCUGGGGAGCUACUGGACCCGCGAGGGCUUCCAGCCCGAGUGCCUCUCGCCCAACUUCGCCUUUGUCAGCCUGGCUCUGGAGCUCUGCCAGCGCAUCACUCUCUACGGCUUCUGGCCCUUCGCGCACAGCCUGAGUGGCCAGCCCAUCCCGCGCCACUCCCAGGUGCGCGUCAGGCCCAGCGAGUUCUCUUGCUACCUGAAGAUGUACCUGCAGGGCAUCCUGAGGCUGCGGCUGGGCAAGUGCCAUUGA